CUCCAUCUUCCUCGAUCCAUCCGACAAGCUAGUCGCCGACGACAAGAGCAGACGCGAAGAGACCACUGUCUGCGAGUUGACUUGAAAGUAUCAGAGCCGUCAGACACCAUCCAGCCAUGUCAUCAUCCCCAUUGGAACAGCGCCUUGCUGCUCUCCUGGAGAAACGUCGAUCCCAGUCGAAGCUCCGGAACCUCAAGUCGAGUCCCCCCGGCUCUGUCGACUUCUCCUCCAACGACUUCUUGUCCUUGUCCACCAACAAAGAAUUCCAGGAUGAUUAUCUGGCGGUGCUGAAUCGGAGCCAUACGCCCAUUGGGUCAACAGGCUCAAGGCUCCUGGAUGGCAACUCUGAAUUCGCCGAGAGCCUCGAGCGUGACCUUGCUGCCUUUCAUGGCGCCGAAGCUGGCCUCCUGACGAACUCGGGCUUUGACGCCAACGUCAGCAUCUUUACUUUUCUCCCGCAACCAGGGGAUGUCAUCAUCUAUGACGAACUUAUCCACGCCAGUGUCCACGAUGGCAUGAGGCAAUGCAGGGCGAAGCAACAAAUACCCUUUAAGCACAACGACGUCGAGGACCUGAGCCGGAUACUGCAGCAAUUUUCCUCCUCGAGCCCCAGUCAGACCAUUUUUGUCGCCGUGGAGACGGUCUACAGCAUGGAAGGCGAUCUCGCCCCUCUGACAGAGAUUGUCAAUCUGAUAGAAGCCAUGUUGCCGCACAACAACGCCCACCUGGUGGUUGAUGAGGCCCACGCCACGGGGGUGUAUGGACCGAACGGCUCCGGCAGAGUCUGUGAACUCGGACUUGAAAAGCGUGUUUCCAUCCGCCUUCAUACGUUCGGCAAGGCUCUUGCCUGCAACGGCGCGAUCAUUUUGUGCUCUCCUGUCAUUCGUCUCUUCCUCAUCAACUAUGCCCGGCCUUUAAUCUACACAACCUUUAUGUCCUAUCCUUCUCUCCUCGCAAUCAAGACGGCAUAUGAUUGGCUCAAAAUGGGUAAAGCGAAUCUGCUUGCCGCAAACCUCUACCAUCUGAUCGAUCACCUCUACACCCGCUUACAAAGCCUGGCAGCUGUCGUUGCGGAAAGUGGGCCGGUGUCGAAGAGUCUGGUCUCGCUCCCAACCACGUGCCCGGAGUCGCCCAUCUUUGCCAUCCUGAGCCCGUAUCCCCGGUCACUGGCCUCGUACUGCCAGUCGGCGGGUUUCAUCGUGCGCCCGGUCGUCGCACCGACCGUCCCCGAGGGCACGGAGCGUGUGAGGGUUUGCCUCCAUGCGGGGAACACGGUCGAGCAGAUCGACCGAUUCGUCGAGUGUGUCAAGCAAUGGAUCGUCGACGAGGGCGCGAGGGACCUGCACCCAGAGCAGCCAAAAGCUCCACCAGGUCACACCGUCAGCCAGCCAGCGGGACCGAAAAUGGAAAGAAGCCUUCUCGCAAAAAUAUAAUUUUGGUUUAAAACACGUUGUCCUAGCGUAACUCCGCAGCAGAGCCUGCAGUGGAGCGGGUGAACAAGCCACCGCGACGAGCACGGGUCAAUGCAGAUUGUGGAUGCAGCCUUCGCAUUUGCGCAGGACCGACAUAGGCACAAUAUCAUGCCGGCCUGUUCUUCACUCUGUACCAAGAUACCCCUAACUACGAUGUUCCUUGCACACAUUCCUC